UUGCAUUUACUGGUUUACUAUCUCUCCCUCUCUCCUCUCUCCUCUCUCCUCUCAUCGCCUCUACUCUCCCUCUCACAUAUCUGUGUCUGAAGUUAUUGCUGCCGGUGUUUUGCUGCUUUCAUCAAUAAAUAUAUACCAAAACGGGCACUAGUGUAUUGCAGCAAGAAUUCAGCCUAGAAAAACAGUCAAGAAUCAAGAUCCUUCAGCUUUCUUCGGAAAAAAAAGGAUAUGUGAGAUAAGCUUCAAGUAGAUAUGCCACUAAGAGGCAAGAGCCACUAUUGUGAUUCAUAUGUACUGUUACAUCGCACAUUGGAUAAUCCAUUCGCGAUAGUAGGAGUUGAUGCUGCUGAAGAAUCUGAUGGAGGACGCGCAGCUGAAUUUCGACCAACCAUUGUUAUCCGUGAGGCGACACCCACCACCAACUUUGACCUCUCAGAAAUGCGAAACCAGGAGAAUUGACAGCUAUUCUUAUCAAGUCAGGCCUCAGCUUCCUACUUACAGAUCAGAGCUGAAAUCUGGUCCUAUUACGAAUCCCGGAGCUGUGCCAUUUCUAUGGGAGCAUUCCCCUGGACAACCUAAGGAGGAGCAGAAACCACAAACUAGAUGUUCUGGAAAGCCUCCCAUCGCCCCAAUGCUUCCUCCUGGGAGGCACCCGAAGGCUAGACAGCGCGAUUCUCAUGUUGUUUCUCGGAGAACUACUGGCAUCAAGAGCCAAGCUGUUGAUGCACCGUGUACUAGUGAAGAGAAGAAACAAGAUGUUUCCGUUUCUUCUGACUCUCGGUCUUGUGAUGAAAAUGUGAAGAACAUCGAGAGCAGCAAAGAUACAGCAAAGGAGGAGGAGGGUUCUGACUCUGAGGAUAGCAACGAAGCCUAUGUUGAUGCACAGGACACACUCUCGCGGACUGACUACUCUUCCUUGAAUUGUAGCAUGAGCGGCUUAAGUGGAGGAGAAGAUCUAGAUGUGAAACCUUCUGAUCGAUUCUUGACUGAUCCACAAGAUCGCGAGUUCAUGAUGGAUAGGUUCUUACCUGCAGCGAAAGCAAUGGCUUCAGAGACCCCUCAUGCGCCCAAGAAGCAAGGCGUGCAAGUACAGCAGCAGCAGCAGCCGAAGAAAACAGCAAACCAAUCUAGUAAGCCUUCACUUCGCUACGGCCCUAGUUUUGCGAAGAAGUAUUCACAUUACCACGAGAACGAGGAAGAAGAGAGUGAUGAUGAGUAUGGUCAGCAAGCAAAUAUGCCUUCAGUGUGUGGUUUACUGCCUCGUUUUUGCUUGAAGAGUUCACUUGGUCGCUUAAGCCCUGUUCCUGCAAUGAGCAUGAGGACACGAGUGCCAGCAUCUCCUGCUAAUAGAGGACGUCCUAGAUCUUCGUCGUCUGGUUCUUACUCUGAGACGGAGAAUGAGGUAAACAAAGUUGAACACGAUGAGGAUAAGGUUUUUUCAGCAUACAGUGAUGCACCUAUGCCAUCACACGAACAGAAAGAAGGUCGUUCGGUUCACGAAGGAGAUAUACAUAAAAGGGGUUUGAAAACCUUUGAGGAGUUCUUGCACGACUGUGGAAGCUCAGAUCAGGCAAGUUCAAUAGACCCCGUUGCAGAAAAAACAGUCUAUGUGGAUACAGUACAUAAGGUGGAAUCACCAAAUUUGAGGCCGUUUUCUCCCAACUUGUUAGCAGAAGAUUCGCCUCACGAAGAUGUGAAGAAGUUGCAUACUGUGGAUGGAGAUGCACAGUUCCUACCAAACGCUAAGUCUACUGCAAAUCAAGGAAGGGAGAAGCCUCUAGAUUUUGGAGAAAAUCGAGAUUUUAGCAUGGAUUCGACAAAUAAAGAUCACCUAGCAGUGACUUUGUACAACUCUAAACAGAAUCAAUCCGGACUCCCUGCUCCACCACCUCUGCCUAAAUCCCCUUCUGAUUCCUGGCUGUGGCGGACAUUGCCUUCCAUGAACACGAAGAACUCGCCACUGCGUCCAUAUUGUGGUGCAGCAGAGAACAACUGCUUCAAGGCACCUGCAAAUGAUAUGAAGUGGGAAACUAUUGUCAAGGCGACGAAGGUGCAGCGUCGUCACAUGCAUUACUCUGAGGAGUCACUGACAACCAUACCGGAAGCUUGAGAACGCCCUUCUGGAAGUUGUGUGGAUGUCAAGACUCAACACGAUAAGGGCACGGAAGCUUGAGAAACGCCUAUGGAAGUUGUGGGGAUGUCAAGACUCAACACGAUAAGUGCAUGGCACCGUAUACUUAUAUUCUCUACUGUUAAAAAUGUAGCUUUAAUUUCCCAUAUUUGUCAUGUAAAUGCAGUCUAAAUAAAACAUAGUAUUCUUGUGAUAAUUAUACUGGUAUAUAUAAUGUGUACAAAGAAACUCGAGGUUAAUUGCAAAAUAAAUGAUGUAAACUUUUUCCCA